AUGGAAGAGUCACAGACUAGCACUUUGAAUCAUAUAAAACCAUCUCAUGAUAUAGAUCAUCUUCAAUUUAAACCAAAUAUAUUGUCCUCUGAAUAUUCAAAGUAUUCUGCAUUUGAAAAAGAUUCAAACGAGUUAAAAUAUGAAAAUUAUAAUCAUAACAUUCGACAAAAAUUCGAUGAUUUACUUGAGAAUAUUGAUUUCACAACAGAUCCGGGUCAGUUCAAGCAAGACGAUCUGUAUAGAAAUAAUGAUGUUUCACCAAAGAAACUUAACAGAAACGAAUUUGGAAGGAACGAAGUAUCCAAAGGUUCAUUUUUUGAACAACCAAUUACUAUUGAUAAAAGUUCACUGAACAAACCAUCUUCGUCAUCUCUAGAUACUCGUGGACAAAAUCCCGACGUUAUAUAUGCUAAUCUUUCUAGACCCUCCAUGCAAGAAACUGAAUUAUUCAGUGGAACACAUCCAUCUGAUAAUAAUAAUAAUCACCAUAAUUACCAUUAUAAUUCUAAAAGAGAGACAAUAAUAUCAAAUUGUUCUUCUAUUAUGGAACAAAAUAAAAUACAACCAAUUAAAAAGUCAUUAUUACCACAAACUAAUACAAUGACAAAUAAAUAUAAAUCAAAUUUAUAUGAUUCUUCAAGACGAUCAUCUUUAAAUCAAGACAAUAUCAACUCAGCUGGAUCUCUUGAAAGUAUGUUCACUAAUCAAGAUCAAAAUACACCUGAUGAAUAUUUCAUUGCUACACCAAGAUUAUCUUCACGUAAAGAUAUUGGCAAAAAUAGUGAUAUUGAAAAUGGUGAUGAAAUUAUUAUACCAAGAAAGAAAGAAGAUAAAAUCAAUUCAUUAAAAAAUGUUCUAUUACGACAAAGUUUAACAGAUUCAUCAGUUUACAAUCAAACUAAUGAUCGUUUAUAUAACGGAAAUCAAUUACAAGAAACAAAUACUGUUAUAGCUGAACGAGUUCGAUUAAUGACAAUUAAACAACAAUUAGCUAAAGAAGCAGCUAGCACAAGUGCACGUCUUAAUGCACGUGAACAUCCAUCUACUUAUAAUAAUGUAUCUAGAUAA